UUUUUCUCUCUUUCUCUUCCGUCUCUAUCAUCUUUUUGUAUCUCUUCAACCAUUUCACACACUCACUCUUUAAAAACCAUAACUUUUUUCUCUUCUUUUCACUUUUAAUCAAGAAUAAAAAAACCCAUGUAGGGUUUUACUUUGAAUCAAAUGCAGAGCUUCAGCCUCUGCUAAUGGCAUAUAAAAUGGGAAAAAAUGCUUUUGUGUUACUCUUCGGUAUUUUGCUGUUUUUUAAUGGUGUUUAUUCUGUUUCAGCUACUUCUUCUCCUGCCAGAAUUGUAAAUGGCUUUUUCUCAAGUGCAUUUUCUAGGCUGAUGAAAUGGAUUUUAUCGCUCAGGGACACUACUAAAACAGCAAUAUCUGGGCGUCCAAUGAUGAAAUUUGAGAGUGGGUACACAGUGGAGACAGUGUUUGAUGGGAGCAAACUUGGCAUUGAACCUCAUUCUGUUGAAGUUUUGCCUAAUGGGGACCUUCUCAUUUUGGAUUCUUCUAACAGCAAUCUUUACAAGUUCUCUUCAUCUUUAUCCCUAUAUAGCAGGCCAAGGCUGAUUACAGGGUCAGCAGAUGGAUACUCUGGAUAUGUGGAUGGUAAAUUGAGGGAAGCAAGGAUGAAUCAUCCAAAGGGACUUACAGUUGAUGAUGGUGGAAACAUCUACAUUGCCGACACCGAUAAUAUGUCAAUCAGGAAGAUAAGCAAUACUGGAGUGACAACUAUAGCAGGAGGUAAAUGGAGUCGGGGAAAUGGACAUGUGGAUGGACCAAGUGGAGAUGCGAAAUUUUCUAAUGAUUUCGAUGUGGUCUAUAUAGGAAGCAGUUGCUCUCUCCUUGUUAUAGAUAGAGGAAAUAAUGCAAUUCGUGAGAUACAACUCCACUUUGAUGAUUGUGCUUAUCAGUAUGGAAGUAGUUUUCCGCUGGGUAUAGUGGUGCUUAUAGCAGCUGGCUUCUUUGGUUAUAUGUUAGCUUUGCUCCAACGAAGAGUUGGUUCAAUAGUAUCUUCU